CUCCGCUAGCACGUACAGUAGGUGCCGUUGUUUUGAUGAGAAUAGAUGUGUUUACGAGGCUAACGACGAUUUAAAUCAGCACCCUCUAGUUUUAGCAGAUUAGUCUCGAUAGCUCGUUAGCUGUUAGUGUCUGAUCGAGUCGCUUGGAAAAAGGCGACUUGAUCUAGCUAAUACAAAUCGCUUUGUAAAAUUAGGUCGAAAGGGAUGCCGCUGCAGACAGACUCCGACGGACGCAAACUGUCUUCGGAUGUAAUUUCAUCGCAUUUAAUCGGAAAGAGCAGCUUUUCUAUAAACUUAAAAGGCCUCACGAUAAGUCAUUCUCGACCGAGUGUUUUUGUAAGACGCUUAAGCUCGAGUGCGAAUUAAUAGCUGAGCUGCGAAGGGACGAUACGAGCGUUAAUAGGCACAGGGCUAACCGUUAGCUAACGUUAGCUGGCCGUCAACAAAGCGGGGAUCGUUAAUCUGCGAAGCAAACAGGGUCAAACCGAGCGUGUCUACGUCCAACGGACUGGUUAAUAAACCCAUUGUUUUUGUCUGGCCGGAAAAUACGACUCGAACACAAUGAAACUCUUGGAGAACUCCAGCUUUGAGGCCCUCAGCUCUCGGCUGUGUGUUGAAACAGGGGAGUCUCGCAUCCUUGGCAGGAUCGAAAGCUACUCCUGUAAGAUGGCGGGAGAUGAUAAACACAUGUUCAAGCAAUUCUGUCAGGAGGGGGAGCCGCAUAUCCUGGAGGCUCUGUCUCCCCCUCAGUCCACCAGCACCACCAGCCCUUCACAGCUGGGGAAGAGCAGUGAAGAUGGAGAGAACCCUCUCAGUGACAAGUGUUGCAGGAAGACAUUGUUCUACCUCAUCACCACGCUCAAUGAGUCCUUCAGACCAGAUUAUGACUUCAGCGCCGCACGAGCCCACGAGUUCAGCAGAGAACCAAGUGUCAACUGGGUGGCAAAUGCAGUGAACAGCAGCUUGUUUUCAGCUGUGGGAGAGGAUUUCAACUCGCUCGGGCCCGAGCUAUGGAACGCUAUCGACCAAGAGAUCAACCUGCAGGGUUGUGACAUUUACAGCUACAACCCUGACCUGGAUUCAGACCCUUUUGGUGAAGAGGGGAGUCUCUGGUCCUUCAACUACUUCUUCUACAACAAGAAGCUUAAGAGGAUUGUGUUUUUCACAUGUCGCUCCAUCAGUGGCUUCAGUGGCUAUGGUCGCGAUUGUCUGGACAACGAGCUCGACAUGGAGCUGGAGGAUGAGGAGGAAAUGGAUGGCUUCACUGAGGACAGGUGCCCCAGAGCUCUGUGCGUUUGAAUUGUUCUGAUGGAACACAGCCAAAGACAAUACCUUUUUUCUUUUUCCUUCCUCAUCUACCAUUUUUGUCUUCGGAAUGUUGCUGCCUCAUCCAAAGCCAUCUUCACCUUUUAGACUAAUGCAUGCUUGAAGCCCGAGCUCUACAAACGAAGCUACAAGGUCACUGUAAGCUUCUUCACGUUAGAUGGGGGUGGUUUAAAAGUCUGCAGUGACCCAAAACUCCAAGCCCAAACAUCACGUAAACAGAAGCUUCUAUUCAUCUGCCACAUUUCCAAAGAGACCACUUCAUUGACUUUUACAAAUAUGGAGGUGUUAACAGGAAUAGAUGGCCAACAAAGAGAAAUGGGCUUUCUAAGAGUGUCUUGUAAAUGAUGACCCCAGAAAGCAUCAGCGACACUGACAGAUUGAACUUUAUGGAAAUUCCAACAUGAGGAGAAGCUGAGCUGGAGCCAUAGAAAUCCACAGACUGAGAGAUCGGCUAUAACCGAUGCUAUUCAUUUAAACUUGUGUGACAGUGAUUACUGUGAGAUUGUUUUUGUUUUGCAUUUUUAAAACCUAAAUACGCAUUUAAAACCACAUUAUUGACUUGUAUUUCUGUGAAUGCUUGUCUGUAGUUUUUAGACAAGAAGGCACAGUCAGAGCCGCAUCUGGCUUCAAAGUUGCAGCUUAGAAAACAUAUCAGCUUUUACCAGAUGCUAUUGUUUUUCUACUUUGUUGUUUAGAUUCCUUUUCCUUGUCCUAUUAUCCUGUAUUUGUAAAUGUUUCUUGUUCUUUUACCUCAGUGUAAAGGCGUCCUUGAGAAGUGAAUGUAUAGUAGACUAUUAAAAAAAUUUGAAAAAUUUUGUUUUGCAGAAAUAAGCUCUUGACAUUCUUUAAACAUAGGGGUCCUGUCUUUUGAUUGCUCUGUGCUUCAAUUGGCUCGCUAUAUUAAAGAUGCAAAUAAACCUGUUUGAAUCAGA